CAACUCGAGUCCUCUCGACUUAAAGCACCGUCUCCAAUUAUCCUCGGACCGCAUCGAUCGAGUUGAUUGCCCAGUUCCUGCUGUUUCAGUUCCUAAGGAGAUAUUCAAGUCUUCCCAGCCACACACCAUCAUCAUCAUGGCUGCCACUCCAACGUAUACGCUGCCCAAGCUGCCCUAUGCUUACGAUGCCCUCGAACCCGCAGUCUCGUCGCAGAUCAUGACGCUCCACCACCAAAAGCACCACCAGGCGUACAUCACCAACCUCAACGCCGCGCUGUCGGCCUCGGUCUCGGCCACGCAGCAAGGAAACCUCGUCGAGGCGGCGUCGUACCUCUCGGCGAUCCGCUUCAACGGCGGCGGGCACAUCAACCACUCCCUCUUCUGGGAAGGGCUCGCGCCCCCGGGAAGCCCCGAGACGGACGCCAGGACCGCGGCGCCCGAGCUGGUCAAGGCGAUCGAGGAGGCCUGGGGGGAAGGCAGCGGAGGCGGCCUGGACGGGUUCUGGGCGGACUUUGCCAAGGCCCUGCUGGGUAUCCAGGGCAGCGGAUGGGGGUGGCUCGUCCGUGAGGGCGGCGGCGCUGACGGAAAGUCGGCGACGAAGAAGAAGAGAACCCUGCGCAUCGUCACGCUCGCCAACCAGGAGGCCGUCGUGGAGACGAGCACCGCAGUCCCCCUGCUCGGCGUGGACAUGUGGGAGCACGCGUACUACCUGCAGUACCUGAACGGCAAGGCCGCGUACGUGGACAACAUCUGGGCCGUGAUUAACUGGAAGACUGCCGAGGCGCGGUUUCUGGGGGAGAGGGAGGAUGUUUUCGCGGGGUUGAGAGCGAAUCUUUGAGAGAACUCGGGCUUUUUUUUUCUUUCUUUCUUUUCCGAAACACGAGUGUUGUUUUGGGAAGCAUGAGAAGAGGGCCUGUCUGUGCCUGAAGCUUUGAUCACAAUGAGCGACAACAGAAAAGUCUGCUACCUCGCGGCAGUCGUUU